CGGCACUCCCGAAGCCCUAGUACAUAGGGUGGCAGCGGCCACUUAGCUAGUAAAAUUUUCAGUGCAAUCAUCGCGAGCUACGAUUGAUGAACUGAUAGUGUUCUCUUGGUCCAAGGAAAUAUGAAUUUGAAAAUAAUAAUAAAAAUGGGUUACGUGCUGGUCAUUUUUACUCUAUUAUUGAUGAUGUGGGCAUCCUUGGCUCGGAUGCACGAGCUUCCAGUGCAAUAUCCACCGUGUUUCUUCAACCCCCUUUGCACUUGCUCGAAAGCCAUUCCUGAUUUGGGUAUAGUGACCUGUUACAAUGUACCAAUGCCGCGAAUACCCCUGCCAAUAAAUUCUUCCAAAGUGUUUAUGCUACAAUUGGAGAACAAUGGAUUGAUGUUUUUGCAACCACAGUUUCUCAUGAAUACAGGUCUGUACAAACUACGAAUCAAGCAUAAUCCCUUGGCUGACAUCCCUGACGAAGCUUUCCUAGGGCUUGAGAGAUCAUUAUGGGAGCUCGAAUUACCCUACAAUCGGCUGGAGAAAAUUCCUAGCAAGUCAUUCAGACAUUUGCAGAAAUUACAACUUCUUGAUCUAACAGGAAACAAAAUAUCAAAGAUCGCCUCAGACAACUGGCGUGGUCUCGAGAAUUCCUUGCAAAAAUUGCGAUUGGGACGUAAUGCAAUUGACAAACUUCCAGCAGACGCGUUCGCGGGUCUCACUUACUUGGAUAUGCUCGAUCUACGUGACAAUAACUUGAAGGAAAUCGAUCCUUCUGUAUUCAGAGAUGGCAUGGCGCAUCUGAUACAUCUGUAUCUGAACGGAAAUCAAUUGACACACAUACCUUACGCGCAAUUAUCGUCAUUGAAGCGUAUGAAAGUGUUAGAUCUUAGUUAUAACAGGAUAUCGAAAAUGUUGAACCCCCAAUUGGAGUCAGAAAUCAAGGGACUUCAAAUGUCUCUCGAUAUAUUGCGUCUGGAUUACAAUCAAAUCGAGACUCUGAUGUCUGGUGAUUUUCAGCACUUUUUAAAAGUCAACAAGACUUAUUUGGAUGGUAAUCCUUUAACGAUGAUCGAGGAGGGUACGUUUAGGGAUUCGAGAAUACGGGAACUUUAUUUGAGUGAUUGCGAUCUGUUGGAGGUCGAUUCAUCUAAUUUCGUUGGUUUGGAAUCGUCUCUCGAGUUGUUGGAUCUCUCGGGAAAUAAUAUUACGUUACUUCCAAGUCCUAUUUUCCAAGAAUACGAUUUUCUACGCACUUUAAUCUUCCGUGAAAACAAGAUUCAAACCUUUUCACCGGCCGAGGUAUUUAAUGGUUUCCAAUAUUCUUUGUAUAAUCUGGAUCUAAGCGGGAAAGAAAACAGCGUGGUGUCACUUCAAGAUCUACGACAAAUGAGGAACAUGCGAUUCCUUUCUAUCUCACGAAUACCAGAGUCGACGUUAUCUCCAGAUAAUUUUAUGGAAUACGGGAUGGAUAUCAAAGAGCUUCGUAUUGUGAAAAGUAAUCUGAACACCAUCAAAAGUCAUGCUUUCAUGCAUGUACGCGGGAUCAAAUAUCUGGAUUUCUCCGAAAAUUCGAUAUCCACAAUAGAAGACGAAGCUUUCUCCGAGGUCGGCCAUUCGCUUCUAACAUUGAGAAUGUCUCACGCUCUAUCUCCUUCCGUUUCUGAAAUACCGAAAGCGCCAUUUAAAUUCCUGACGAAUCUACAACAUUUUGAUUUUAGCAACAAUAAAAUUAAAUCACUACCGGACACGUCUUUUCAUUUUCUGAAGAGGAUUAAACGAAUGGAAUUGCAGGACAACGAAAUCGACAGUAUCAGAAAAGGAACUUUUCAGGGUGAUAUACAUUCCUAUCUGGAAGAAGUGAAUUUCUCGUUUAAUAUGAUUAAAACGAUCCAAACUCAUACGUUCGUCGACCUGCCAAAAUUAACUAUGAUAAAUUUAGAGGACAACGCUAUAGAUAAAAUCGAAAGGCGAGCAUUUAUGAACAUGAAACUGUUGAAAUAUAUUAAUUUGCGAGGCAACAAAAUAAAGGAUAUCACGGAUGAAGCCUUUCAGAAUUUACCUGAUCUGGAGUAUCUCGAUCUCGCGUAUAACGAUCUGACCGAGUUCGAUUUCGCUUCGUUCGAUCAAGUAGGAACGUUGUCGUCGUUCAAAGUGAACGCCAGCCAUAACGAAAUUCCAAAAUUAUGGAUUAACAGUACCACAUUCACGCCACCGACCACCAUCGGCGGAACAAUUCAAUCGAACAUCAAAGUUCUCGACCUCAGCUACAACAAUAUAUCCGAUAUAAUGAAGUAUUAUUUCAAGCCAGUGGAAUUCUCGUUAACACAUCUCUAUUUGGCUCAUAACCAAUUGACCAACAUAACUCAAGGUGUCUUCGGAAAUAUGCCACACUUGCAAUGGCUCGACGUUAGUCACAACGAGCUGAUGGAGAUCGACUUCGAUUGCUUCAGAAACACGAAAAAUAUCCAAGUGCUCUUUCUUUCUUGGAACAAUAUCAUGGACAUUCCAGCAGAGGCAUUUAGACCGUUGAAGAAGCUAAGGAUUAUUGAUCUUUCUCAUAAUAAGCUGAGAACAUUGCCGGAUAAUAUGUUUUCCGAAGCUAAUAUCGAGAGUUUGGAUCUGUCUCAUAAUCAAUUUAUGAGAUUACCCACAAAAACCAUGUCUAUCUCAGCGGCUGCCAGUUUAUCUAUGUUGGAUUUGUCUUGGAACACUCUCUCGGGAAUCCAUACUACUGACGCCAUAUUUAGAUUACGAAGUUUGACAUGGUUAGAUUUGUCUUAUAAUCGAUUGGUCAGGCUCGACGAUGGGAUAUUCUCUGAUUUAUCAUAUUUAACUCAUCUAGACUUGAGUCAUAAUAAACAAUUACUUUUGGAAUCACGUGGAAGAACAUUUCAUGGUUUAGAGGACUCGCUUUUAUAUCUUGAUUUAAGCAACAUUUCGCUUUUAAGUGUGCCAGAAUUGCCAUUAAGACGAUUGCAAACGUUGUACUUGGCACACAAUGAGUUGGCAUCGAUACCACCGGAAAUGGCAUCGAACUUAACAUCUCUUCACUAUUUAGAUCUGAGUGCCAACGAUCUAACAGUGGUGCCAUUGAUCACGCAUACCCUACCUGAAUUAAAAACUUUUAAUUUGGCCGAUAAUCCAAUCACAGCUGUUACUAAUACUAGUUUCUUAGGUAUCGCAGAUAGCCUUGAGGAAUUGGAUAUACGACGAUUAUCUUUAUUGACAUUCGAAAGCGGAGCACUUUGUAAAGCUACAAAACUUCGUAAGUUAUAUAUAACUGCUUACAAUGGUGUAAAAAAUUUCAAUUUUCCCAACAUUCUUGAAUACAAUCACGGUUUAAGGCAUUUAGUCAUCGACGUACAAAAUGACACGAAUUUGGAAAAAGAAAUGAAAGGGAAGUUUCCUAAUAAAUUAUUUAAUAUUACGUUGACAGGUCGAGCAUUAAAAAAUGUAGACUCGGAUAUAUUGCGAGGUAUAAGAAAUCCACACUUGCAUUUUGGAAUGUACAAUACAAGUGUGAACACCGUGCCCAAACAAAUGUUUGAUAAUGCAGAAUGGGUGAGGAAUGUGACAAUUCAUCUUCGCCACAAUGACGUGCGAACGCUUCACAAUCCAUCUAAUGGAUACAAGCCAGGCGUGCCAGGAAAACGAUUUCUGUUAAAACUCACGGUGAGAGGAAGCUACUUUACUUGUGACUGCGACAUUGGAUGGAUGGAAACCUGGCAAAGAAAACAUAGACAAUAUCAAGAGGAUCGUUGCACUACCUAUAGUGAAUUUAAAAAUAUUGAACGAGAUGAAGAAGAUGAUGAAUUCGAUUGCUGGGACAAUGGUUGGGAUGAUGAUUUACGCGAAUCAUUUUGCUUAAAUAAGAAUAAUAUGUCGGUAUUAGAAGCAUUGAAAACAGAUAUUGAGUGUGGAUGGGGAACUGCGACUUAUAUUCAUACAUCUCAUUAUCUCGUCUUUCUUUUCGUUAUUUUUGCAAUGAUUAUUUAUUAGAUCUUACUUUUUACGUAUUUGUAUUUUAUGUUAUUACAAUCAUUCAACAUUCCUUUCCUCGAAAUGCAUAAUAAUUUAAAGUGCAAAUAUGUGAUUUAUCAUUUAUUAAUGUAAAGUUAACCUCUAUUCUAUUUUAUUCCAGAAAAAAAUAAUAUAUCGUGAAUAUGAUCA